AUGAAAUUAUUUUGUGAUUUACUUACACGACAUCGAUCAAAUAAGAAAAAAGAAAUAAUAAAAUCAACAUCAUCUUCUAUUAAUAUAUUAUCCAAUAAUGCUAAACAAUCUAUUCAUCGAUCUAUUUCACCUUGUUGUGAUCAAACAUUGAGUUUAUUUGAUAAACAAACCAAAUGUAAAUGUCAUUAUUUUAAUCUUAAUGAUAAUUAUUUGACAAAAAAUAUAUAUACAAAACAAAUUUCAAAUCAUUCAACAUCUUAUUCUUCUUUAUCAUCUCAACCAUCAAUCAAUAUCAUAUCUUCUCUAGAAUAUCCAUCUCAUACUAAAUAUAUCUUAACUAUUACUGACUUUUGUUUUUGGUAUGAUGUUCGAUCAACAUUAUUAGACAUCAUAGAUCGUGUUGUAGCAAUGGAUGAUAUUCAUCAUUUUAUUGUUGAAAAAAAUCAUUCAACUAUCGUAAAAUUUUAUCUACCUCAAUUAAAUACAAAUCAUAGAAAAAUACGACAACGACGACCAAAAACUUCAAUUGCUAUUCAAACAUCAUUCGACAAUGAUCAACGACGAAAUGUUAAAGUUCAAACAAAUACAGUGACACUUUUUCCAAUACAAAAACAAAAUUUAUCUUCUUCAAGAUUGUUUUUAAAUUAG